AUUCCUGCGCUUUCUUCCGUGCCGUCACACGCUGUGACAUGUAAUCAAGCAUUGUCUUAUGUCAAAUGAUCAUUUGCUGUAAUCAGUGUGGCUUGCAUACCUAGAUAUCUGGGCAAUCUUCACGACAUCACAAUGUUCACCAUUGCAUCGCUCAUAGACCUUUUCAACUUCCGUGUACCAGGCCGACGCUGGCAAUUGUUCGAGAUCUCUGACCUUGAUAUCACUCCAACCUUCGUCAAGCACUGCUGUCAGAACACUCUGACGGCACAAUGGACACAACGUAUGCCCAUCGUCCAGCAGCAAGCUCCAGCCGAGCUUGCUGCAGCUGCCCUUUGUACCGCUUUCGACACCAUCGAGGACAUUGACACCGCGGACUGGAGAGUAAUUGACUUUUGCUCCGGUGGUGGCGGGCCAGUACCCGUCAUUGAACGCCUAUUCAACCAUAAACGGAGACUGGACGGCAAGAAGGCAAUCCCAUUCCGCCUGUCGGACCUGCACCCUAACUUGGAUGCUUGGAUGGACCAUGCUGCGCGUUCAUGGAAUCUGUCAUUCAUCCCACAGCCGGUUGAUGCAAGCAACCCUCCCUUCAGCGCCAUCAGCGCCACUACAACCGAGUCGAACAUUCAACAUGACGCGCGACAGCACGGCUACACCUCAGAUGGGAGUAAGGUCGCCAGACUCUAUUGCCUCUCAUUCCAUCACUUCGAUGAUGAAACUGCUAAGGAAGUCCUCCGCAGCACGCUAAAAACAAGCGAUGCAUUUGCCAUUGUUGAGCUUCAGGAAAGACGCGUUGGUAGCUUGUUACUGAUGCUACUCGAAUUCUGGCUAUUGUUCGUUGUUAUAGCGCUCUGGUUCUGGCACGACAACGCUCAUUUGCUGCUGACAUACGCAAUUCCUGUGUUACCGUUCAUUCAUUGCUUUGAUGGCUUGGUGAGCUGUCUUCGCACAAGGACGUUCGAUGAGACCAUGAGUCUUAUCGAGGCUGUUCAGGGAAACUGCGAGAGCCGGCAGACCUCUGGCGGUGGAGUGCUCCAGGGUGGUUGGCACUUUACUCAUACGAGGCAGCUUCACACUUGGCCGCUGGGAUACAUGACGGUAAUCUUCGGCAAGGCAGUUGACAGCGAAGGGAGCUUAAUAGCGAGCAGUUGAAGUAUCGCUGUUCAUGAUCUCGACAAUGGCGAAUCCUAUUGGGUAUAGUAAUGCAGCCAACGGGGCUGCGCCGGGAGGAGUGCUCACGAGCUAUCGCUUGCGGUAUUCCACUGUCUGAUCGUUAAUCUGUCAGACUUCACAACCGUACGCCAACCGGGUUCACGCUUCUUCCGUGCCUACUACAGAUGGAGGUAUGAGGGAAGACAAGAUGCUGUAACGAACAACGAAAGCCAUCGAUCGCUCCGCAUCGCACGGACCAUACCUGCUCGCUACGACAGAGCGCAACGUCAUCCCGUGCCGUGCUCGACAGCCAUGCCUGCAU